UCUCUUUCUGUAUACAUCGUUCACCGUAGCAAUCCCUAAGCACGUAAUGUCCAGUGUAACCUGAUUCUUGUGAUCUUUCUAAUUGUGUGUCGGUGUUGUGAACGAUCGUAGUCUCUUCUGCCUUCUUUUUUCUAUUGCAUAUUUUUUACCGUUCGAUAUAACAUAUACGAGCCGUAAGAAAAGAUUCAAUCGAGCCUGUAGCAUUAUUAUACCCGACACCAGGGUAACGAGCAAUAUUUCUGUGAUAUUUAUUAUGACUGGUAAUUUCUCGUCGGUGUUUCUCGUGUGUGACAACCCACGGACGUUCAAUCUGAAAGGAAGGCUCGCCUAUAAGACACGCCGGUGAAACGAUUUUCCACAAAUUUCCGAGGGGCACGUAUACGCACCGAGCUUCUAUACCCCCGUCUUUUUUCUACCAAAAGAGCUUAGAUCGUUAAGGGACCGAAGACAGAGCUUCUUUUUUAUUACAUACAACGUAUAAUACGUGCACGCGCGUACACCCGUCUACCGAAGUCUUUCGUGUACUAUCUAUUAUACUUACAUAUACAUACAUAGUGUAUUUAUUAAAAUCAUCCAAAAUUCCUGUGGCUAACGUGACCGAGUCUUACCCGAAGGCGGAUACGAUCGCGAAUUGUGGUGGUGCCGCCAGCAUGGGUCAGAUUGGAAAUGACACUCAUAUUCUGUUGAUGGAUGCGUUCCUCCAGAACAACAGGCUGGAUCAUGUCUCCAGGGUGAUGGCCUCGCAUCCCACGUACUUGGAGCACUUCCUCCGUACCCAACAUUUCAUCCUGCGAGGUGACGGACCGCUUCCUUACGACUACAGGCAUCUCAUCGCCAUUAUGGCCGCUGGUAGGCAUCAAUGCAGCUAUCUCAUCAACCUGCAGAAAGGAGAGUUCAUUCUCCAGGGCGGCGAUCCGUCCUGGCUUCGAGGGCUCAAGUCGAUCCCAGGGAAGUUGCAAGAUCUCUAUGAGAUCAACAAGAUUCUAGCUCACAGGCCGUGGUUGCUGAACAAAACGCACAUAGAGAAACUGACCAAAGGCGCGGACAGCUGGUCCCUAGCCGAGGUGGUUCACGCGAUAGUUCUUCUGGCCCACUUCCACUCCCUCUCGUCUUUCGUGUUUUCUUGCGGCAUCAACGAGGAGCUGGACAACGUCGCCGGGCACCAUUACAAAGAGAACGUCCAGGAUAAUAGCAAUAACGUACCAACUGCCAAAGACAAGCUUACGAGUAGUCCCAAGAAGAUUCCCAAUGGCGAUGGCAAGACUGAAAACAUGCCGUCGCCGCCAUCCUCGCCGAGCAUAGUGGGUGAGCAGGAGGUCGGCGUCGAGGCGCUGAUGGAACGCAUGAAACGCCUGUCCGAGAAAUCCGAGUCUUAUCAGAUCACGCAGGAAGAGCUGUCAAAAAGAUUCGAGACCGUGGAAACGCAGUCGGCCGAGCUGACUGCGGCGCCUCAGAGAAGUAGUUCAGUCCUCGACUCUGACAUCGGUCACUUCAUCGAGGACCCUACCUUCAUCUACCAGGACUUCGCCAAGCGUGGUCAACUGAACGACAUACCGACCUUCCGCGUGCAAGACUACUCCUGGGACGACCACGGAUACUCGCUGGUGAACCGUCUGUACAACGACGUCGGCAACCUGCUCGACGACAAGUUCAAGAUAGCCUACAACCUCACCUACUACACCAUGGGCACGCACAGCGAGGUGGACACGUCCCGUUUCAGACGAGCGAUCUGGAACUACAUACAGUGCAUGUUCGGCAUCAGGCACGACGAUUACGACUACAACGAGGUGAACCAACUCCUCGAGCGUAGUCUGAAGACGUUCAUCAAGAGCGCCGUUUGCUAUCCGGAGCGCGUGACCAAAAGGGAUUACGAUCGCGUGAUGAGGGAGUUCAAGCACAGCGAGAAGGUGCACGUGAAUCUGAUGAUCCUGGAGGCACGCAUGCAAGCGGAGCUACUGUACGCGCUCCGCGCGGUGAUGCGAUAUAUGACCUAAGCGAAGCACCGCCGUCGCUCCUUCGUCUACUUGCUGUCUGUCAGUUUGUCGUCGGUUUAUUUUAUCGUGUAACUCGCGCCACGGAUAUUCGCGAGGCGUCUUUGCGGACUCUGCACACGGCACAGAAAGGAACGAGCGAACGCGACACCGAUUCUCACGCGGUAUAUAACGAUGUAUCUUCACACACAUACACACACAUACACGUAUACACACACAGUGACACACUGAUACACUGGUACACACGGUUAUCUUAACCAUCCGUAUGUACACCGCGGAAACAGAGAGGAGAGUUCACGUUAUAAUAAACUCACCGUACACUCGUAGACGGACAGGUACAUGGCGUAAACACGUACAGAACGCGCAAGUGUGAACGAAGAAGGAGAAAAAGAGGCCCCGAAAUUCGAGUGGUCCAUUGUGAGACGGCGUCGCGAGGUGUCCGUCGUUUGCUCGUCGCUCGUAACGUAAAACGACCGAGAUUUCCUCCACGAGUCCAUCAGUGCCGAACGGAGGGAAAGAAUCGACGAAGGGAGAGAGAGGAAAGCUUCGCGAGGCGCGUGGAAGAAGAGGGAAAAAUUCGACGCGAACGCACCCCCGGGCACCGGCCCCCGGCCCCGACGAACGUCGAUCGGUCGCGGCGAGGAAAAAGCCGAUCCUCGAAUCGACGACGGUAAGCUAUCGACGGUGCGUCUUUGGAUCUCCGGGCGCAUCGUUCGAGGCGAUCUUUUUGUAUUUGGCGCGCGACCGUUUCCGCCCUGCGAGGAGCUGAAACGCGCACGCGUUCAUUUUUCUGCUCGAUUUAUUUUUGGCAAUUUUGGAUACCCCCGACGCGACAGGGGGCGAAGAGGAGAGGAUACGCGAGGGAGAAAGAGAGACGUGGAACGUUAAACAGACGGAGACACGCGUACCGAAGUGAUGAAGAGAGAGAAAGGAGAGAGUGAGAGUGAGAAUGUGAGAGAAAGAGAGAGCGAGAGAGCGAGAGAGAGGUUUAUCGUUUGUUUUGUAAAUAGACACUCGUAUUUUUCUAUGUUCGCGAAGAUAUCGUGUAGUAGACUGUUAUUUGCGCGUUUCGUUAUAGCGUUUCAGAUCUGUUGAAGCUUUUGCCCCUUCCCCGAUCGCGUCGCGUUUAACCUUCCGGUAGAGUUGCAACUUGUAGCCACUUUUCCACGGUAUAUAUGUAUAUGUUAUAUAUAUAUAUAUAUAUCCCGCUUUGAGUUUUACACGAUUCGCAGGUGUACGACAGAUGAUAGUGAUUAUUAUUACGCUAUAUUCGCGACUAUUUUUUAUCCGCCCUUUCGUUUUUUUUUUUUUUUUUUUUUUUAG